GAGCUCGUGCGUGAGCUCUGACGUCACCGGAUCACGCACAACUAGCGCGUGUGCGCGGAAUGAUAGAAGAGCUAAACACGCUUCUGUACGGAGGGAAUUAUGAAAUCAAACAGUUUUCCAGCACAGUGAUUAGAAAAUCGUCAUUCCCUUAUCCAAAUACCUUUAUGAAGUAACCGAGUCAUAGGAAACAGACGCUCGAAAAUCAGCUUCGAAAAAUAAACAGGCCCAGGACUGAUUGAGAUCCAGCCCAGCAUGGACGGACAUGGGGACGGUCAGAGCCGCUGGUGUCUGUCCCAGGUCAAAGGAGCCGUGGAUGAUGAUGUAGCUGAAGCUGACAUCAUCUCUGCGGUGGAGUUCAAUCAUUCUGGGGAGCUUUUGGCCACAGGAGACCGAGGUGGAAGAAUAGUGAUCUUCCAGCAAGAGCAAGAGAAUAAGAGCCUGCCGCAGUGUCGUGCCGAAUACAAUGUCUACAGCACUUUCCAGAGUCACGAGCCGGAGUUCGACUAUCUGAAGAGUCUGGAAAUCGAGGAAAAGAUCAAUAAGAUCCGCUGGCUUCCUCAGAAAAAUGCUGCACACUUCCUUUUGUCCACAAACGAUAAAACCAUCAAGCUCUGGAAAAUCAGUGAACGGGACAAGAGGCCGGAGGGCUAUAACCUCAAAGAAGAGGACGGCCGCUACAGACAUCCAUCAUCUCUCACAACACUACGGGUGCCAGUGUUCCAGCCGAUGGAUCUGAUGGUGGAGGCGAGCCCACGGCGGGUUUAUGCCAACGCUCACACCUACCAUAUCAACUCCAUCUCUGUUAACAGCGACAACGAGACGUAUCUGUCUGCCGAUGACCUUCGUGUCAACCUGUGGCACCUGGACUACACCGACAGAAGCUUUAACAUUGUUGAUAUCAAGCCGGCCAACAUGGAGGAGCUGACGGAGGUGAUCACGGCGUCAGAGUUUCACCCGCUGCAGUGCAACACGUUUGUGUACGGCAGCAGCAAAGGCUCAGUGCGCCUGUGUGACAUGAGGGCGUCCGCUCUGUGUGACCAACACUCAAAAUUGUUUGAGGAGCCCGAGGACCCCAGCACACGGUCCUUCUUCUCUGAAAUCAUCUCAUCCAUCUCAGACGUCAAGUUCAGUCACAGCGGCCGCUACAUGAUGACUAGAGACUACCUGACCCUCAAGAUCUGGGAUCUGCACAUGGAGAGCCAUCCGGUGGAAACUUACCAGGUUCACGGUUAUCUCAGGAGUAAGCUGUGCUCUCUCUAUGAGAACGACUGCAUCUUUGAUAAGUUCGAGUGCUGCUGGAGGGGCGACGACAGCGAGGUCAUGACUGGCUCCUACAACAACUUCUUCCGGAUGUUUGAGCGUGAGGGCCAGCGAGACGUGACUCUAGAGGCCUCGUGGGAGAACGGCUCCCCCGGCUGCCCGCUGAAGAGCUGGCGCGUGUCCACCGGCAGCCGACGCAAGAGGAACGAGAUCGGCGUCGACUGUCUGGACUUCAGCCGCAAGAUCCUCUACACCUCCUGGCAUCCUCAGGAAAACAUCGUUGCCUUGGCGACGGUCAAUAACCUUUACCUUUUCCAGGAGAAACUCAAUUAGGAAUUUCAAAACUGCUUCGUCCCCAUUCCUAAAAGCAGGAGUCAAAUGCGGGAUACAUGCUAAUCUCGUAUCCAAGCACAAACUCAUAGUCUUAAUAUUAACCACUGUAGUACACCAAAACCUUUGGAUUAUUCUGUUAUGUUUAAUUGAUACACUGUAGGCCGGAGGAAGGGAUUUUUAGUUGGAUUACUGUAUUGGGUUCUUGCACAUUGAUCUGUCUGGUUUAUAUGGAAGCCUGUUUCGGUCACAGGUGGAUUCAAAAGCAAUUCUGGCGUUUUAAUUACUCAAUUAAAAGUUUUUUAGGAAUAGAAA